ACGAGGGCCAAGUACCUAUACUCAAGCAUGGAAAGGCGAUGCUCAGGAAAAUGCAACUGCAUUCGACCGUGAAAAUAUCGGCUACCGUAUCCUGCUGUCUAUAAACUAUUAAGCACCACCACCCAAGUGUUGUGUUUGAAUCUCAAAUGUACCCGAGCGGUGGCAGCGGUAGCACGUGCUUCAUACUGCGUCUACUAUGGACGACGAGGCGACAGAAGCCUUCAAGGAUCUGUACAGAGAAAUUGAUAAGCUGUACUAUCCAUCGGUAAAUGCGCCAAUUUCAAGAAUUGGCAUUUGCGGCGACAGUGUCCACGAUAAAAGUGAGUUUGUGUUUAGAGAUGAGGACGUUGAUGACCUUAUUGAGUAUUCGAAAAAGUUCGUUGAAAAAACUAAAAACGAAAUUGGAUUAUCUGAGAUCGUACAUUCACAUGAACACGGUGUGCAAUGUGUGAGAAGUGAAAAGAAAAGCAAUAAGAAAGUGAACACGCCACCAAAAUGGAUUGGUGGUAAUAAAACUAAGGAAUCAGCGGGGGCAAAUUGCGCCACCGCGAUUCAAAUCAUCAAAAAAGUUCCCAAAACGCAAACCAAAUUGGUAACUUUGAACAGCAGCAAGCCUUCGGAGAAAAAUCAACUGAAUAAUCAACGCCCUUCGGCUGAGAUGAAGAAGGUGAGGAAUGUUGGCGUGAAUAUCAAUUUCAUAAAACAAAAGACUGUCAACCGAACCAACAAUAAUGCGCUAAUUGCGGAGCCAAAUUCUUCGCGUACGCCACCGAUCAUCAAGAAGCCUGCUACGCCGAAAACUUCUGGAAAAAUCUACCGAUUCUACUCCAGCAAACUUAGUCCUUCCCAACUGUGGGAACAGCAGCACCCAGAGCUGUCGUACGAAAGUUCCGAACGAAGCAUCUUUCCCAAACGGAUAAAGAAAAGUGAUAUCAUUGCGGAGCAAAAACGGCCAGCGGAAAUUAGUCACAGCAAAGAGUUGAAAAUUGUACACCUAUCGGAAGGACUUUCAAGCUGCACAAUCAAUGAGAACGCAGAGGUAAGAAGCCAAUCAUUAGAAAGCACAAAUUUUGUUCGAGUUUCAUGA